AUGUCUGACGGCGUAUCCAUAUACGAUGAGAUCGAAAUCGAAGACAUGACUUUCGAUCCCGUCCUACAGAUCUACCACUACCCGUGCCCAUGUGGCGAUCGGUUCGAGAUUGGAAUCGCGGAUCUCAGGGAUAGUGAGGAAAUCGCGAUUUGUCCUAGCUGCAGUUUGAUGAUCAGGGUCAUUUUCGAUGUGGACGAUCUGCCGAAGGAGGGAGAAGAUGGAGCUGGUUUAGCGACAGUGGCGGUUCAGGCGUGA